AUGUCAAUCUUUCCCUGUCUUACAGAUUACCGGCAAACUGGUGCUUACGAUGUCAUAUUAUUAGAUGCAACCAGCAACACACUGAUGUUGAGCUGGGAAAUAGAUGGUACCCUUCAGGAAUCAUUGGUCUGGAUCAUGGUGCAGUAUCGAUCCCAAAAUGAUGAGUGGCAGAAUGGUACAGUGUUGGAAACUAACGCUAAUAGUUAUAUAGUCGAAGGACUUUCACCCGGUGAACUAUACGAGUUACGAGUGCUAGUAUUAAUAGAUAUCACAAUAUCAGCUUCCAGGAGGAAACGAGCGAUUGAAUCUGGAUUAGGAGAAAGUUUCACCGUCACCUAUGCUACCUGCCCUGAUAACUUCCAGGGACAGAAUUGUGAACAAGAUUUAACAGUUACAGUAAUGCUGCCAACAACACGAGAAAGUGAACUAACAGCUGUUCCGCCGACUGAUGAACUUGAAACAGUCAUUGUCAUUGUCAUUGUAUGCGCUGUGUUGGUACUAAUAUUCAUCUUACUGGUUAUAAUUGCUAUAUUUGUCUACAAAACCCAUAUUCGGCGACACAAUCUCAUAAAGAAACACAACCCAGACAGGCACUACAUGUACCGCUCGCGGUCAGGUUCUCUUUCAUUCUCUUCUACUGAUUCGGAAUCUACAAGUUCAAAUGAAGUUAUUUUGCACUUCGACAACGACGGAACGAACCACCAAUACGACAUCCCGAUGGAAACAUUUUAUGACAACGUCAGUAGUAAAGAAAAGAUGCCACCAAGAAUGAAGCACGCCAUCUACGAUAAUCCACAUGUAGAACGAUACAACGUAGCUUACCAAGAUAAUUAAUUUAGCUUUUAUAUGUUUUUAGGUCAAUUCUAAUCGUUUGUCAUCAUUUUCUUUAUUACUGUUUGGUUUAAUUUGGCACAUGUUUCGACUUUUUUAGGUUUUGUUGUUAUUUACUUGUAAUAUAUGUAUUUUAAAUAUAGUUGAGAGAUCCAAAUAAGUUCCUAAGCAGUUGUGUGGCUCUGAUACAUCUUUCAGAUAAUUAAUUGUCUUGUAUGAAAUAUUAUUCAGAUAUUAUGAGCUUAGAAUGGUAGGCCUAUUUCAUUUACGUUAAUGGAUCUGUUUAUCUAGUAAGGUAAUGUAGAUGAUGAUGAAGGCCAUGAAAAACGGUACUUGAAAUAAUUCCAUAACACCGAAUAAUCUGUCACUGUUGAACCAAUUUCUCGCGUCGUAACUAAGCCCCAUAAUUAUGCAAAUCUCAGUAUUCAUAUGAAAAAGACAAAUAUUAAUCAGAGUAUUAAUCGAAGAACCUCUGAAAGCACAAUAUUUUGAUUGUAAUAUUGAAGUAUCUAUUAACUAUGGUAAGUCUGAGACAAUUUUAUAACUAUAUAAUAUUUAAAAAUUGAAAGGUACAAAAUAUAUGCACAUGAUAAAGUUAUUGAGAAUAAAGAUAAUUUGUAGUUUGUAAA